AGUUCAUAUCAUAUUCAACAAAAUCGAUGCUAAAACAAUUCUAAAUACAUAGUACGUAAUAAUAAGCCAAUCACUUUUCAGUAACUGAUAUAGGUUUUGAUAUUUAUAUUUGGUGACUGAAAGACCAACAUUGCAAAUUUUUACAGGUAGGCAGCAGGUAGCUUUAAAUACAAAUUACGACAUGGGCUCUCUUUGGGCUAUCUAUUUAAUUUUUGUCUUCUUUGCGGUGUCUCAUUCUACCAUCAUUUCGCGGAAAUACAUCACGAAACUGGAAUUUGAUGAUAAAAAAUCAAGUGAUGAACUCUUGAAAGAAUACAAUUCUACAUCGUCGAUUGAGUGUGCAACACUCUGUCAAAGGGAAUGUAGUUUCUAUGGAUUUAAUUCUCAGAUGAAGAAAUGUCGUACCCACAAGAAGAUUUUCACAUCUGAGAUGUCUAAUGAGGCCGGUUGGAGAUACUAUUCCCAUGACUUUCCCGCUUCAGUUACUCCCAUUGACUGUAAGGAUCUUCAUGCAGAUGGUCACACUAAAUCAGGAGUGUACAACAUUUAUCCCUAUGGCACCAUUACCAGUCCUGUCAGAGUUUACUGCGACAUGGAGACAAUGGACGGAGGAUGGACGGCAAUCCAAAAACGUGUCAAUGGAUCCCUGAGCUUUGACAGGAACUGGACGGAAUAUAAGAAUGGCUUCGGUUCACCAGAACAGGAUAUCUGGGUUGGAAAUGAUUUAAUCCAUCAGUUAACAAAAGAAAACAACUCAUUCCUUUAUGUGUCCAUCACUCUCCAGAAUAGUACAACGCUGUAUGAAAUGUACGAUCGAUUCUUGAUCUUCAAUGAAGCAGAGAAUUACAAACUCAUUCUUGCAGGACCCGCCACGGGAACCUUAGGUGACAGUAUGUUAGAUACUGGUAACCCUAACAAAGAUCUGUCAGGGAUGUACUUUACAACCCAAGACAGGGAUAACGACAGAAAUACAAGUAACUGUGCUAAAACUCAGGGAGGAGGCUGGUGGUUUAAGAGAUGUCACCACGCCUUUCUCAACGGUCCCUGGUACCCGGUAUACUGGCACAGACCUUGGCAUCCUACAUUAAGGAAUGGGACAUCUGUGAGGGGGACGAUGAUGUUGAUCAAACGUCACUAGAUCAAUAUCUAAUGAAGUAGAAAUCACAGAUUGAAGAAAACGGAUCAAUCAGAUGAAACAUUUCAAAAGAGACAAUUUCAAAUUCAUCUUGAU